AUGUCUACCACCAAUCUACCCAGUGGCUCACCACCACCCAACGCUACACUCUACAUCAACAACCUCGAAGAAACCGUCAAAAUCCCCGCGCUGAUCGAAGCGCUCACAGAACUCUUCUCGGAAUACGGCACGAUUCUCGAAAUCAUCGCAAAGACGAAUUUAAAAGCUAAAGGCCAGGCUUUUAUCGUUUUUGAAAAUGUAGAAAGUGCUACGAAAGCUAUAGAGGAUAUUCAGGGUUUUGAGCUCUUUGGAAAGGAAAUGCGGAUUGCCUAUGCGAAGACGAGGAGUGAUGCUAGUGUGAAGAGGGAGGGGGGCGAGGAGGAAUAUGAGACUCAUAAGAGGAGGAGGUUGGCGGAGAAGGACAAGAAAAAGGCCGCGGAGCUCGCAUCAAGCAAUACGCUGAAACGACCCAGUGCGGGAGCACCGCUCGCCAACCCUGCAGAUCUCGCAGCGAGACCUAUCAAAGCUACCAGAGGAGCUGGACUCAAAUCUUCCAAUCCUGCUGCUGCAGCUGUCGUGCCUGAUGAGUACUUACCUCCUAACAAGAUUCUUUUCGUGCAAAAUCUACCUGAAGAGUAUGAUGUUGAUAUGUUGACGAGUAUCUUUGGACGAUUUGAGGGCUUUAGGGAGGUGCGAUUGGUGCCGGGAAGAAAGGGUAUUGCGUUCGUUGAGUAUGAGACUGAGACGGGAAGUAUUGGAGCUAAGGAGAAUACGGCGGGCAUGACGUUGGGUGAUGAGCAGAAGGUUAUUAAGGUCACUUAUCAAAGACAGUAA